AUGUCGACCCUGAACUUCGCGUUGAAGAACCAGACCGGUUCAAACACCGUUUAUGCCUAUAUCACCGGUCAGGCGAUUGACAAUAACAAUGCGCUCUUCCUGCUCCAAGCAGACGGCAAGACCGCGUACUACCCAACCUCGCCGUCCGCUACUCUGACUGCACUGGCGCAAGACUGUGCCAUCCCCCUCGGUGCAUCUGGAAGUACAAAGACAGUGACUAUUCCGCAUAUUGCGGGUGGUCGAUUGUGGUUUGUACGCGACGCCAAGCUUACAUUCUACUUGAAUCCUGGCCCGGCGCUUGUGGAGCCCUCAUCGUCCAACCCAUCGGACGCCAACUACAAUCUGUAUUGGGACUUCUGCGAAUUCACUUGGAAUUCGUCGCAGCUCUAUGUGAACAUCACUAUGGUCGAUUUUGUGUCGCUGCCCAUUGCACUGACGCUUACCAACACAUCGGGAACAUCGACGACUGUUCGGGGCCUGCCGUCCAACGGACUCGCCACGGUUUGCACGGCACUGACGACGCAGAAUGCGAAGGAUGGUGCAGGAUGGGACAAACUGAUCAUUACGAACAAUGGUAGCAAUCUCCGAGCGGUGUCCCCCAAUACAGGUAUUACAUUGAACAGCGCCUUGUUCAAGACCUACUACGAUUCUUAUGUCGAUCAGGUCUGGUCCAAGUACGCCGACACCACUCUGACUGUCAAUACCCAGGGAGCUGCGGGCGAUGUCACUGCCAAGGUCUCCAAUGGCAAGCUCACCUUCUCUUCCGGGAGCAUUUCGUACGAUCAGCCAUCCUCGGCGGACAUCUUCAGCAACAGCUCUGGGGCGUUUGCAGUCUCUGGUGAUGCUAUUAAAGACGCAAUCACUGCCCGCUUGGCGGCUGCGUUCAAUCGCUCGACGCUUUUGAUUGACACCACUCAACCUAACGGUGAGGAGGUUGCCAAUUACUACCAGAAUGCCGUGACCAAUCACUACUCGCGAAUCUGCCAUGCCACCACUCUCGACAACCGUGGCUACGCGUUCCCUUACGACGAUGUCGCGCCGACUAGUGGUGCCGACCAGUCCGGUAGUGUGUAUGACUCGAGCCCCCAGCUAUUGACAGUUACCGUUGGCGGGUCUUCUACCAAUGCGACCAAGAUAUCCACCACUCAGGGGGAUAGCACCCCCGUCCAGGGCACCCAGACGAAGAGUCGAUUUUCAGGCCUGAAGAAAGUCAUGCAGAAGCUGUCUUGCAAGAAGUAA